AUGGACGCCUCAAGCACUGCAGCCGUCGGCAAGGCGAAGAAGGGAGCGGCCGGACGCAAGGCAGGCGGUCCCAGGAAGAAGUCGGUGAGCAGGUCCGUCAAGGCCGGCCUCCAGUUCCCUGUCAGCCGCGUCGGGCGCUACCUCAAGAAGGGCCGGUACGCGCAGCGGGUCGGCACCGGCGCCCCCGUGUACCUCGCCGCCGUCCUGGAGUACCUUGCCGCGGAGCUGCUGGAGCUCGCGGGAAACGCCGCCAAGGACAACAAGAAGUCCCGCAUCAUCCCGCGCCACCUGCUGCUCGCCAUCAGGAACGACGAGGAGCUCGGCAAGCUGCUCGCCGGAGUCACCAUCGCUCACGGAGGUGUGCUGCCCAAGAUCCACUCCGUGCUUCUCCCGAAGAAGACAGUGGAGAAGGAGGCCAAGUCGCCGAAGAAGGCUGCCAAGUCCCCCAAGAAGGCGACCAAAUCCCCCAAGAAGGCUUAGAUGCGCGCAUCGAUUUGACUUACGCUCUGUGUAGUGCUUCAGAUUAGUGGUUGCUUCUGGCUAUACCU